AUGUCGGUCGCCGAUCCACUGGGCGAUGCUGCCCCCGACUUACCCUCGCCUCCUAUUGUAGUCUUGUCUACCACACCCCCUGUACACGACCCCCCACCUCCCUAUCCAUCGCAGGAACGGCGCUCACGCGCAACACGCUCGGGGCGCCGUCGUCGCACGCUCGAUCAAGCGCAAGACCAUGCUUCGCACCUUACUAUUGCCCCCGGCGGCGGCACCGAAUACGAAGCUCUAUCGCCCUCGUUGCACCACCUAUCCGAUGCAGACGACCGCGACAACGAUGCGACAGAGACAACCCCGUUGUUGCACCCGUCCACAUCAUCGCCUCGGAGCUCUACCCGUCUGCCCUCAGGGCUUGUCCCAAGGCGGCAGCGCACGCUCUCGAUAACGAGCACCGUACGCUCAACGGUCUCUGUGGCUCCGUCCCUCGCGCAGACACUCCUAUCCGCAUUCAACCCCGAGCAUGAUUGUGAGGUCGACCCGGAUUGUGAGGAGCCGGGACCUGCGGAGGACGGACGGGACCACAGUGACGAUGACGAGGGUGUACUGGAUUCGCCCACUCUACGACGCUCAAGACCUUUGGACGACGAGCAGCGCGCAUUUGUCGCAGAUCUUGCCAGCCAGCAGUUGAACAGGCAUCGAGGGCUCUCGUGGCGAACUCGAUGGCAGCGGUAUUAUCGCCCCAUGGGCAAACGAGCAUACUAUGCUGCUCUGUUCCACCUUCUCGUCGUCAACUUCCCUUACGCCCUUUUAGCAUGGGUCUAUCUCUUCGUGUUCACUGUAGCCGGCACUACUACUCUCAUGGCCCUGCCUGUGGGUGCCGUGCUAUGCUUCCUUGAUCUUAUCGGUGCCCGGCUGCUCUCCCGGGGUGAGCUUGCCCUCCAGACUACAUUCCACGGCCCCCUCGCCUAUUCUAGACCCAACCCACCUCUUCCCAUCUUCGUUCGGCUCCGUGCACCCACCCCAGCCGAGAUCGAGUUGGGCCUCACCGCGAUUCCAGAAAAAUCAUUCUAUCGCAAUGCGUACGCCAUGUUUACCGAUUCGACAUCAUACCAGGCGCUUUUCUACUUCCUGGUCAUCAAGCCAGGUAUCACCAUUCUGUUGUCGCUUCUGCUUGUCGUGAUCGUUCCCGUUUCGUUCGUGCUCGUAUGGCCUGCACCUGCGAUGCUCCGCCUCGUCCGCCGCCUCGGGAUCUGGCAGGCAAACAUUGCAGUCGAGGGUCUAUGCCUUGCCAUACGUUGA